UCUCACGAUGCGUUGCACGGCCCCGUUCCGCACGGCCGACUGCGCCGAGCUGGAGGCGACGCUGGUCGAGGUGCCGUACGAGAACCCGCGCAACAGCAUGGUCAUCCUGCUGCCCACCGGUCCUGGAGGCCUCGCCGUCCUCGAGGAGAAGCUCAGCGCGACGCUCGUGCUGCGCUGCAUCGACCGACUCAGGGACGAUGGCGAGGUCGAGCUGUCGCUGCCCAAGUUCCGCAUCAGGCACGUGACCGACCUGACGCAGGUUCUUCCCUUGCUAGGCAUCCACGAGGCGUUCACCGGGGAGGCGCGGCUGGACCGGCUGACUCCGGCGACCGGCAAGGGCAUUCACGUGUCGUGCGUCCGUCACGUGGCCACCGUUCACGUGAGCCAGGCCGGGGCUCAACCGGCGGAUCCGCGAAGCCGCGGCAGCUUGCCCGCGCCGGCGUGCGCCGUCGCCAAGAGGGUGGCCGUGGACCGGCCCUUCAUGUUCCUCGUGCUCAACAGGAAACCCGACCUGGUGCUCUUCCUCGGGUCCGUCACCACUGUCGACGUGUGAUUCUGGACCCGAGAAACGGAAUAGUGCGAUAUCGACACGACGCAUAUCGCGUCGCUUUCCGAUGCCGCCUUCGCGAACGUUUUCGCUCGUUUUCCUUUUGCGGUACAUUCCAAUGUCCUAUAAGUAUUUCACUUGCU